UGGCUAGUGGUAAUCAAAACAACAUUCAUAAUAGCACGGAUAAAAAUAAUCAGUGUAUUUUGAAUACACUUUGUCCAAAUUUGAUUCACCUGUGUCGGAAGAAUGUUAUCCCAAUACGUCGAGGAACUGGAACAGGAUCCAUUCGAGGUGGAGGAAUUCAUCGAGCGGCUCUGUUGGCGUACAAACAACGAAAUCGGUUCCGAUCAGUUCGAUCCGGAUCUAUUGUAUGAAACGUUUGUGGAGACCAUCAAGGAUCUGAAGAUCCUCCAGGAGCGUCAGCAGCGCAAGUGCGACAAUCUGGAAGAUGCACUCAAGGAAGAGCAAAAAGUAUUCGUGAAAGCAAUCGAUAAAUUUGUAGGGAAACAUCAGAUAUCGGUGGAUUACUUUCAUCAGCUUGACGAGAAGAUAAACUCGGUUGCCGGGAAGGUCAUCCACUUGGGCGAGCAGCUGGAGAAUGUGAACAUUCCGAGAAGUCGAGCCGUCGAGGCACAGCUGCUUCUGAGUCAUAUGGGGGACUUUCUGACACCGGGUCCGAUCGUGAAUGAUGUAUUCAGUGACAAAGCAAAAUUGUUCGAGGCGGCGGAUAUCAUCCAAAAACUGUAUAUAAUUUCACAAGAUUUGCCUGCCAAUCGGUUCGCUAAUGCUAAAAAGAAAAUAGAGGGAAAGUAUGAUGAUAUUGAAAUGCAGCUAAUAGAGGAAUUUGCCACGGCACAGAAGAUGGAAAGUAUCGAGCGAAUGAAGGCGAUUUCAACGAUUCUGUCCCAGUUUAAAGGGUAUUCGCAAGUGAUCAAUGUGUACAUUGAACAAAGCCAGGCGGUUACGUAUGGCGGACGGGAUGUAUUCGAUGGUAUUGUUCCACUUUGCCACAAGAACUAUAAAAUCAUCGAACAAGUUUUCAACUCUCCGGAUCAGGUUAUGAGUAAAUUUAUUCUUAAUAUUUAUCAGUUGAAAAUCAAUCAGUUUGUUCAGACAAAGCUGGACGACAGAAAGGACGAGAAUAAGUAUUUGAAAACGCUCUUUGAGUUGUAUUCGAGAACAUUAAAGCUAUCAAAUGAGCUGCAGGAGUUUAUGAAAGAGGCUGAUGACGAUCUUCUGCAAAAAUUGACGGCUAAUAUUUUCUCGACCCAUUUGGCCACGUAUAUUGAGAUAGAGAGCCGAAGUUUGGAGACAAAAUGUCAGCUGGAGCUGCGUAAAUUUUACGAAAACAAAAACCACCAGAAGAAGCAAGUGGAGCGAUUCCACGAGCUGCGGCGAGAUAUGCAAGCAUUUAUUGGAACGCGCGCAAACAUUAACAUAGCCCAGAUUGAAGAUUACGGUGGAGAGACUUUCCUGUCUGAGGAAUUGGCUAUAAAUCUACUUCAACAAUCGUCCUGUGCUCUUGAACGUUGUUGUAUUUUAUCGAAGGAAGCGGAUCUUCCGAAAAAUAUUCUGAAAAUAGUUGAUAUUUUGUUACGAUUCCUUCUUCAUGAACAUGUCGAUUAUGCACUCGAUCUCGGGUUACAGGCGAUUCCGAUUGCCGAGUGCAAAACGACGCCUCAAAUAUAUUUCUUUGAUGUGGCACAAAAGUGCAAUACCAUCGUUCAUCUGCUCGAGAAAACCUAUAAUGCCAGUGUGAUCCCUAACGUAUUAUCGACUCCUCAAUACACUGAUUGUAUCCAGAAGAAACGGCUCUAUCUUGAAUCGAUCGAGAAUAAAAUUGAAACAGGAUUGGAGCGCACUCUCAAUGUGAUCUUUGGAUGGGUGAAAACAUAUCUCCAGAACGAACAGAAGAAGACAGAUUUCAAGCCGGAUUCCGAUGUCGACACAGUUGCGUCGAACGCUUGCUUAGCUGUCGUGCAGUAUAUUAAUCCAUUGAUUGCUCUAAUGCAGCGUACAAUUGAUGGUGAAAACUUGACCGCCGUUAUGGCGGAAUUUGGCGUUCGUUAUCAUCGGGUAAUUUUUGAACAUCUUCAACAGUUUCAGUAUAACACUGCGGGAGCAAUGUGCGCCAUAUGUGACGUGAACGAAUACCGGAAGAGUGCUCGACCUUUGCAGUCAUCUCUGGUGACUCAGCUGUUUGAUGUUUUGCAUGCUUUGUGCAACCUGCUGCUCGUAAAAGUUGAGAACUUGCAGGAGGUUUGUGGCGGGGAAACGCUGAACUAUUUAGAUAAAUCGGUCGUAAUGAAUUUUAUACAGUUGAGGAGCGAUUACAAAUCUAUCAAGAUAUCGAACUCCCUCAAAGGCAUAUCGGACCAGCGGGCGAUUUAAAAAGAUAAAUAUGUUAUAACAAUAUCGUAAAAUUCCUUAUUAACUAGAAAUAGAAGUGAAUAGUCUACAAAUAAAUUUAUAUUUCGUUUAGAA